CAGAGGUCGGGGAAGCCCCCCGGCUGAGUGGUGCUCGGGCUUUGUUUGCCGCCGGUGGUCCGAAGCUGCAGGUUGCUCAGGAUGGGCUCUGUGGUAGCCCCCCAGUGCAGAAGCAUCUCCUAGGGUCUUGCGCGGACUGCUGCUGUUGGCUGAAAUCUUAAUUAAGGUCGUGGCUGACUCAACGUUCCGGUAAAAGCCUGCAGAGUCGGAGAUCUGAGCCUGGCAUCUGCUGCCACAUAAUCUCCCCCACCCCGCCAGAACUUUUUCCAAGUUUGGUGUGGUGUGGGACAUGUUUUUCAGAAGAGGGGCUCAGCUUUCACCAGAUUCUUAGAUAAUCCCCAGGGAGCAAGAACUUCCGCUUGGGGUUUAGAGCCUGACACUCGGGAGAGGUUUUUUUCCCUUCCAUAAGUGCCCAUCUCCUCAGGGUGUUGAAGGGUUAACAGCAGAGUGCUUUCCUCCAGAGAAGCGCUGGCAGUGUCUAAUAACAUCUUUUCUAUGUCUGCUUCAUAGCGAGGGAAACGGGCACAGAGUUUGAGGGCCUUGUCCAAAAUCAUGGAUGGAACUGGAUCUCCAAAUGCUGUAGCCCGUAAAGUCCCUGCAGAUCGCACAUGGGAAUAUGCUUUGUAGAAGUGCCCUCUGGAUGAAAGGGUUAACCUGUUAGGCAGUGGAGGAGAGCCUGUCAAAAGCUGCCAAAAGGCCUUGCCUGGGGUCUUGGAUCAGGGCAGACAAGACAAUGGCCGAAGUAUGGAGAAACUGGAACACAGGAACUGUUUUCCUUUGACAUCUAAUCUGCUGUGCCAGACUCCAGACAUCUGCCCUCCAAACACAGUAUGUUAGGACAAAACUAAAAAGAAAGGCCAGGUGAGCUUCCGCCUCGCCUGUAUUCUAUUUUGAGUGAGUCUCCAGAAGCAAGAUUGUUUGGAUAUCCAGGUCUCCAGUUGUCAGCUGAACAGCUCCAGACUGUUGGAGCGAUGAGUUUUGUCAUUAGAGUAAAAGAUCCUUACCCCAUGCUGAGAUUGACCUCAGAAGGUAGUGACAGUGAAUGUGGGGGGACACUGGCUCUCCCUGGCCCACCUCUGACUCCAGCUGCGCUGCUUGAAGCUGGUUUGUCAGUGGAAAUGGCACAUUUACUAGUCUUCCCCCCCCCCGGCAGAGUCUCUGCCCAGGCUGGAGUGCAGUGGUAGGAUCUCGGCUCACUGCAACCUCCACCUAUCUAGGUUCAAGUGAUUUUUGAGUUCUGAUCAGCUUCUCGAGUAGCUGGGAUUACAAGUGUGUGCCACCACACCCGAAUAAUUUUCAUACUUUUUGUAGAAACUGGGUUUUGCCAUGUUGGCCAGGCUGGUCUCAAACUCCUGGCUGCAAGUGAUAUGCCUGGUUCUGCCUCCUCCCAAAGUGCUGGGAUGACAGAUGUGAGCCCUGCUUGAGGCUGCACGUUUGUUUGUUAGUUUUUUUUUUUUUUUUUUUCUGAGAUGGAGUUUUGCUUCUGUUGCCCAGGUUGGAGUGCAGUGGUGCAAUUUCACCUCACUGCAACCUCUACCUCCUGUGUUCUAGCAAUUCUGCUGCCUCAGCCUCCUAAGUAGCUGGGAUUACAGCGCACGCACCACACCCAGCUAAUUAUUUUGUGUUUCUAGUAGGGUUUCAUCAUGUUGGUGAGGCUGGUCUCAAACUCCUCACUUCAGGUGAUCCACCUGCCUCAGCCUCCCAAAGUGCAGGGUUUACAGGCGGGAGCCACUGUACCCUGCCACGUUUGUUAGUCUCAAUGUGAGUAGACAGCAGUCUAUUGCAGCUUUUUAAGUUCCCGUUUAUACACCUAAAGAAGUCAUUAUGUUAUAUAUGUGUAUAAGCAGAACUCUAAAAGCUUCAUGUUCCUUCCUCUAUUCACUUAAAAACCAAGAAGGCCUGUGAUGUCCAUCUUUUGGGCCGUCAGUGCUGGUGCCAUCCUAGGAUCAGAGCAUCUGUGAGACUGAGGGUUCAGCAAAUGAUGCUGUUUUAUGCCUCAUGGAAAGUGCACACCCUGCAUUUAAGUUUUGCUUUUGUUUUUUUGAGAUGGAGUUUUGCUCUUUUGCCUAGGCUGGAGUGCAGUGGCACCAUCUCGGCUCACUGCAACCUCUGUCUUUUGGGUUCAAGCAUUUCUCCUCCCUAGGCCUCUGAGUAGCUGGGAUUGCAGAUGCCCACUGCAAUUUUUUGUAUUUUUAGUAGAGACAGGGUUUCGAAGUUUUGGCCAGGCUGGUCUCGAACUUCUGACCUCAAGUGAUUUACCGGCCUUGGCCUCCCAAAGUGCCCCACGUUUAAGUUUUGUUAGCAUCUACUGAGUUUGAUCCAUGGUCAGGGCUGGGUCCAUGCAGCGCCAUUUCCUUUCCACAGGCCUAGGGCGGCCCUCUGCCCAUGUCCUGGGUUGGUCUCCUGCCCAGUCUCCCUGCCCCCAGGUUUCUGGUCUCUGUCUCUCUGUUGAGCAGUCCUAGGGACCCUAUGUGCUAUCACAGCCAGAUGACAGUCCUUGUUGCAGAAAGAACCUUUUUACUGAAUAUUUUGCACACCUUGCCCCUGCUCAGGGUUGCUAGAAGGACAUGUGAACUAUAUUGCUGCCGGGCGGUGGCGCGUGCCUGUAGUCCCAGCUACUGGGGAGGCUGAGGCUGAAGGAUUGCUUGAGUCCAGGAGUUCUGGGCUGUAGUGCGCUAUGCCAAUUGGGUGUCUGCACUAAGUCCGGCAUCGAUAGGUAACUUCUCAGGAGCGGGGGACCACAGGUUGCCAAAGCAGGGGUGAACCAGCCCAGGUCAGAAACGGAGCAGGUCAAAACUCCUGUGCUGAUCAGUAGUGGGAUGGUGCCUGUGAAUAGCCACUGCACUCCAGCCUGGGCAACAUAGUGAGACUCUGUCUCUUAAAAACAACAACAAAAAUACAUGUUGCCUAAUUCUUUUUUUUUCUUUUUUUUUUUUUUGAGACGGAGUUUCGUUCUUGUUACCCAGGCUGGAGGGCAAUGGCGUGAUCUUGGCUCACCACAACCUCUGCCUCCUGGGUUCAGGCAGUUCUCCUGCCUCAGCCUCCUGAGUACCUGGAUUACAGGCAUGCGCCACCAUGCCCAACUAAUUUUUUGUAUUUUUAGUGGAGAUGGGGUUUCAGCAUGUUGACCAGGAUGGUCUCGAUCUCUUGACCUCGUGAUCCACCCACCUCGGCCUCCCAAAGUGCUGGGAUUACAGGCAUGAACUACCAUGCCUGGCCUCCCAGCACACAACUUCUGUGACCAGACAUAAAGGGAGGUCUCCCCCUACUAUCAAGCAAGCAAGCCGUCAGUCUCCAGCACACACUGACUGGGUGUUCUCCAGUUAAUUUCUUACACUAUCUACCUGGAGGUAACAUCCGAUUCCACAGCUUGAGGGCUCAGUCCUCAAGACUGUCCCCCAACCCCAGACACCAGUGGUAAGUCCAGGCCCCAGUUGCUUCUGACUAAGCAGCCUCAAGUUGGGGUUCCCAUGACCCCCUUUUGGUGUCGAUUUAUUUAUUGAAAUAGCUUAUAGAACUCAGGGAAACACCAGUUUAUUGUAAAGGAUGUUACAAAGGCUAUGGACACUGAGAGACCUGUAAGGCUAGAUGUGGGGGAAGGGGCGGCGUGCUUCUGUGCCCUCUGCAGACCACCCACCUGGAACAAGUUGAGCUCUGCACAAGCCCUCAGACCAGUCUUUGCAGGUUUUAAUGGAGGCUUUAUUAUGUAGGCAUGGUGGAUUAAGCCAUUGAUCAUCAAUCUAACCUUCAACCCCUCCCUUCCCCCUGAGGUUGGGGGGUGGGGCCGAAAGUCCCAAGUCUCCCACUGCCCCAAACUGAAGCUGCCUGGGGGCUGCCAGUGUCAGUUGUUAGCAUACAAAAAGACAUCGCUUUGGAGAGGAUUUGGGAAGUCUGCAUGCCAGAAACUCCAGAUAUUUAUGGCACAGUGUCACACUAGAAUGGCUUCAGUCCUAAUUCUUUGUGAACCUCAUAACCUCGUAAAGCAAGUAAAGGCAGUGGCCUUGGCCAAAUCUAGAAAACAGAAACUUGAAGGGUCAAAGUGCAAAGGGCAGCUUUUGAUUUUUGGGGCAACCAACUGGGACUUGAUUGGUCGAAAAGAAGUGCCUAAACAGCAAGCUGCUUACAGAAAUCUCGGUCAGAAUUUGUGGGGGCCCCACAGGUAUGGGUGCCUGGCGGGGGUUCGCGUGCGGACGGUGGUCUCGGGUUCCUGUGCCGCACACAGCCUCCUCAUUACCACGGAAGGGAAGCUGUGGAGCUGGGGUCGAAAUGAGAAGGGGCAGCUGGGACACGGCGACACCAAGAGAGUGGAAGCCCCCAGACUGAUUGAGGGUCUCAGCCACGAAGUGAUUGUGUCUGCAGCAUGUGGGCGGAAUCACACCUUGGCUUUGACGGAAACUGGCUCCGUGUUUGCAUUUGGGGAGAACAAGAUGGGGCAGCUGGGCCUUGGCAACCAGACAGACGCUGUCCCCAGCCCCGCGCAGAUAAUGUACAACGGCCAGCCAAUUACCAAAAUGGCCUGUGGGGCUGAAUUCAGUAUGAUAAUGGACUGCAAAGGAAACCUCUAUUCCUUUGGGUGCCCUGAAUAUGGUCAGCUGGGACACAACUCGGAUGGGAAGUUCAUCGCCCGGGCACAGCGGAUAGAGUACGACUGUGAGCUUGUCCCCCGGCGAGUGGCCAUCUUCAUCGAGAAGACGAAAGAUGGACAGAUUCUUCCUGUACCAAAUGUGGUGGUACGAGAUGUGGCCUGUGGUGCCAACCACACGCUGGUCUUGGACUCCCAGAAGCGAGUCUUCUCCUGGGGCUUCGGUGGCUAUGGCCGGCUGGGCCACGCAGAACAGAAGGAUGAGAUGGUUCCCCGCCUGGUGAAGCUGUUUGACUUCCCUGGGCGCGGGGCAUCCCAGAUCUACGCUGGUUACACCUGCUCCUUUGCCGUCAGUGAAGUGGGUGGUCUGUUUUUCUGGGGGGCCACCAACACCUCCCGUGAAUCUACCAUGUACCCGAAAGCAGUGCAGGACCUCUGCGGCUGGAGAAUCCGGAGCCUGGCUUGUGGGAAGAGCAGCAUCAUUGUGGCUGCCGACGAGAGCACCAUCAGCUGGGGCCCUUCGCCAACAUUCGGGGAACUGGGCUAUGGGGACCACAAACCCAAGUCUUCCACUGCAGCCCAGGAGGUGAAGACUCUGGACGGCAUUUUCUCAGAGCAGGUCGCCAUGGGCUACUCACACUCCCUGGUGAUAGCAAGAGAUGAAAGUGAGGCCGAGAAAGAGAAGAUCAAGAAACUGCCAGAAUACAAUCCCCGAACCCUCUGAUGCUCCCGGAGCCUCCUCCAACUCCACACCUCUCGCGGCAGCUGUCAUUUCCAUGUGCACUGGGACGUGAAGUCAGACGAGGAAUUUAAAAAAGCAAAAGUUGACCGAAGGUGCGUUUUUGUUCAGACUCCCUGAGGUUCCGUUUCCCAAGUGAUCCAACGUUAACGACCUUUUUUUCUGUAUGCUUUCCAAAGUACGUUUUUUCCCCUUAAUGUCGCAUUAAAGUACUUGCUCAUAGUUGACUUACCAUUCCUACAAAAGAGGCAGAAACUUUGAGCAAUCUAGGUUUUUUCAAGUUUUUUCUUUGUUCCUCUCCUGAAUACACUCCCCAAAACACCCCUUUCCAGUUACAAUUAGCAUCGUGAUUCAAGCGGUUGCUACAUGGAAGAUGAAUCGUCAUUUACUAGAAAAAAUGUCCCUUUCAGGAACCGGCAGCAGCUGGGCAAAGUCAGUCCCUGCCGGCCGCCUCCAUCAAAAUCGUGCUUGUGUGCUUCGGGAGCGUCCAGGCCACUCCUUGCCUGCUUUUCCUUGCAAAUUGGCCUAGGCCGGUGUGGGUUCAGUUUCUCCCCUUGGCUGCCUGUAUGCCCACAGCCUUCUGGCUGCGACAUUAUAGAAUCUGCCAUGUCCCCCCCGGUGGGGGAUUGGAGGUCUGUGUUUAGCCAUUUAUAUCUACAUUAGCUGUUAAAGACAUCCAUAUGAAAAUCAGGUGAUGGUAGAACCAUGGGGACUUGGGGUGGGCAGAGGUGGGAACAUUUGUAUCAGCUGAGUUGGCUCCGUGGCUCCCAAUGGAGUCAGGACUGAGCCUUGUCAUGCGCACUUGCCAAUUAGAGAUUGAUCAGCCAGCAGUCAAGUGCAUUCUCCCUUCCUUGCAAGAAGGAUCAGCCCUUUCCGUACCAGCCUGGAUCACCCCUGUGCUUCGGUGUCCUUGUCUCCCCGCCUGGAUCCUGCCUCGCACGGCCGCCCUGUUGCUGAGACUCGGGUACCGUGCUGCCGACCCAGCGCCCUUUAGUCACGUUCUCUUGGCUCUGGUACCAAAUAGUUGGGAUUACCGAAGAGUCCCCUUCCUUGCGUGUCAGCACAGAUGCUGUGACUGCCACCCUCAUCCCCAUCAAGUGCCCGUGCCCGAGCUCGCCACCAUGUACGCUGCGCUGAGUGAGUUACGAGGUGCCUUUCCCGGAACCCUCCUCUCGCCUGGACCCAAGAGAGGCGACAGCUCUGGCUGGGGCUCUUGGUUUCCGGAGGGUCUGGACUGGUUUGGGUGCUUUAAAAUAGAUGUUAGUUCAGUGGUGCUUGUCGGGGAGAUGGGAGUAGAACUUCAGUGUGAGACUUGGGUGGAUGGGAAAGUUAAAGAUUGGUCUCAAGUUUUUUUGCUUUUGCUAUUGUUACCACUUGUCACUGUCUCCAUGUUAAAAUGCCAAAAAUGAUCUAGUUGCUUUUUUCCUAUUUUCUACCCCAGUCGCUUCUUACCGUGACUCCUGCCCUCGGAGGGCACGUAGCAGUGUCUGUCCCGCCAGCCCCCAAGGCCCUGUGGGAGGAGGCUGGCCCGCAUCUAAGACUUAGCCUGACGCCGCACGUAUCUCUUGUUCUGUGUUCAAUAGUAGUCCAGGGGAGAAGCUUCUGCCACUUCAGAGCUUUGCUAAAGUAACCCAGUUUGUCCAAAUCACCCCAAAACCACCAUCUCUGACUCCAGCUUCCACGCGACAGCCUGAUCCGUUUCCCUGGAUAGGUCUCUUUCCUGGAACGCAGCCCAGGCACCUGUGCUCCUGGCUCCUUUGAGGUCUCUCCUUUGAGUCGUGGGCACGGAGAGGGUUAAGGAAGCAGCACCUGAGGUCCCAGCCUUGGCAGGAGCUGCCCUGGGCAGAGCGGGGCUUAGCUUUCCCGGUGGCCUCAUGUCAGUCCAGCAGCCAGCCUCUUCUAGAGCCCUAGCUGGGGCCUGGAGCAGGAAAGGGACCUUCGAAGUGAAGACUGCCUUGUCCGCACCUCCUUUCGGCCUAGAUUGAAACAUGAACUUCCUCAUGGAUUAAAUCCUUUAAAACAAGGAGUUGAGGGGAAGGGCAUCGUGCACUCCUAGAGAAAGGUACACAGUUGCCCAGCUGGGAUCGGACUUGGCACUGACCCCAAGGGCAUCUGACUGGUCUUCCAUCUCAGGAACAAGAAUUUGAAAGAGGCUUAGUGUGAAGGGGAACCAAGAGGAGGUUGUGAUUCGGUCGAAGGUGCCUGGUUUAGUGCUGUAAUUGUCUUAUUUUUUUUUAUAUAUAUAUUUCUUGGAGUAAACAUUUUAAAUAAACGACAUCAUUGUCUAUUGUC